CGCGAUAUUUGCAGUGGACGACUAGAUCUCGGGCGGUGAAGUUACACAACGUGUUUGGUAACGAGCAUGAAGCGAAACGUGUUGUUGAGUAACAUCCCUGCACAUGUCCCGGUGCACGGUGCAGGGACAGGGUCGUUUCUGCAGGAUAGGCUCAUCACACGUCCUGCUUCACACAUCUGGAAUCAUCGGCGGGGUCUAUUUCCUGGUCUGGCUUCAUCAGUUCCAACAAAAUGCCUGAGGGACCGGAGCUCCACCUCGCUAGCCUCUACGUGAACAGAAUGUGUGAUGGGCUGGUGUUUACUGGAGCAGUUAGAAAAUCUGAAGUCAGCAAGAGCCCUGAGGUGCCCUUCACCUGUGAGGCCUACCGCAUCACAGCUGCUUCCAGAGGGAAGGAAGUGAAGCUCACUCUGACGCCCAUAAAGGGCGACAAUCCCAAACAGAGAGCGAAGACAGGACAGGCCGACCAGCCCAUGGACAUUGUCUUUCGCUUUGGGAUGUCUGGCUAUUUCCGUUUCACCACAGAGGAUGAGAUACCCAAACACUCUCACUUGCGUUUUUAUUCCAAAGAGAAACCGUGCAGAGUGCUGAGCUUUGUGGACACACGCAGGUUCGGCAGCUGGCAGCCCCAUGGGACCUGGCAGCCUGACAGAGGGCCAUGCAUCAUGUUUGAGUACAAAAGCUUCAGGGAGAAUGUUGUGUCACAUCUUUCUGACCGGGCCUUCGAUAGGCCCAUCUGUGAAGUCCUGCUCAAUCAGAAGUUCUUCAACGGCAUCGGGAACUAUCUGAGGGCCGAAAUCCUUUUCAGGUUGAACAUUCCGCCCUUUGUAUCCGCCAGGACUGUACUGGAAGGCCUCGAGUCAGAAGAUUCAUGCGAAAGUGACGAGUGUGUAAAAAAUGAGAAGAAGAGCUCAGCAAAAACAAAGGUGGUGAAGAAGGAGGAGGAGGCGGCGGCGGCAGACCUGCUCAGACUGUGUCAUACAGUCCCUCUAGAAGUGGUGAACCAAGGGGGAAAAGGCUAUGAUCCUGAGAAGGCGGACUACUCUGACUUUAAGGCAUGGCUGCAGUGUUACUACGUUGAUGGAAUGAAAUCUAUCCGGGACCACAAUGGAAGAACGAUGUGGUUCAAAGGUGAUCCAGGCCCCAUGGCUCCUAAAGAUUCAAAGUCACUCAAGGCAAAGAAGAGAACAAAGAAAGAAGACGACCAUGAUUACACACAAAAGAAAAAGGUGGCCAGGGGUGGCUCUGAAAGCACAACAAAGAAAAAAGCGGGGAAACAGGAAACUGCUACCAAAAGAGUGAAGAAAGAAAAGGAUGCACAUCUACGGGAAGCCGGAUUGGAGAAAAGAAAGAAUGAAAAAACACGGAGUGGAAGUACAGCCCAGCGCGAAAAGAGACAAAAUGCACAUAGGAGGAAGAGCAGUCCUGCAGAGAUGACCGCAGGCUCGCAGAGGCGGAGCAGCAGAGUUACCAGACAGAACAGCGAAAAAAGAAGAUGACUGGACGCAGCUGGGAUUUUUAUUGUUUUUUUGCUUUUAAUAAAACCAUGUUUCUACAAAA